AAUGUCAAAAGGGAAUUUUAAUUUACAAAAAAGAAAAUAUUUGCUCACAUCCUUAUUAGAACCAGAAUCAGUUGAUGUAAAAUCUGAUUUCAUUAAUUUUCUUUAGAUUCUCAAUAAACCUAGAAGUCAUUCACAUAAUAUUUUUCAUAGUAAAUGAAUAUUAAUAAUAAUAGGAUUAACACCAAAUUAGGAAUUAAGAUAAGGUAUUAAGUGUUACACUUUUAUUAGGACCAAUAUUUGAUAAGCAUGGAGUUAUUGAAAGAUCAAUAGUUGGAAAACCUGAUAUAUUUUAUAAAGUAAAAGAAUAAUAGAAGGCUGGUAUUAAGUUUGUUAAUCAAACAAACAUUAGUAAUACAACUAUGAAAUUUGUAAGAAGAAUAAGUUCAAGAAAAUCAACAAAUUUAUCAAAUAAAUAAUAAUAGUAAUAAUAAUAAUAAUAAUAAUAAUAAAACUCUGAACAUACAUAAAGGAAUGAAUAAACUAAAAGGAAUAAAGAUUUUGAAUUAGUUUCGAAAUAAGAUCUAUUAAAGAUUUGUCGUUUGAUUGAAGUAAAUGAGUACUUAUUAUUAGAGUAGGAUUAAUUAAAAUAAGGAAUCUUAGGAUUAAAUUACUAAAAGAUAAUCAUAAACAAAAAUAGAAUAAUUGAAAUUAAAUUAGUAAAAUAAAGUAUUAAAUAAAUAUGAAUGUUAACUUAAAUUAUGGAAUGAGGAAAUAUCUAAAUCAAUUAAUACUACAAAUAGAAAUUCUAAUGAAUCUAUUAUAAAUUCAUGUUCAUGUAUAAAAAUGAAUAAAUAUUAUUUAUAGAAUUUCGAAGGAAGAUUGAAUUAAUUUAAUUAUAAGAAGCAUUAAAAUUAACUUAAGGUGAGAAAACAAUAAAUUAAUGGUAUAUGUCAUUAAGACAAAGUGAAACAAAAGAAGAAACAAUUUAAGAAGACACUCAACAUAAAUCAGUAUUUUAAGAUGUUAAUAACAACAAUGCUUUAUAUGUUGAUCCAAAAUAUAAAUAAUUAGAAAUUAUUAGAUAACCAAGUUUCUAUAUGAGUCAAUAAAAUUCAAUAAAUAGAGAUUCUAAAGUAAAAUUUAAUUCAACUAAUUUAUCAUUUUAUCAAUAAUAAUUACCAUAUUUUUAAUUAAGUGGAGUUAAUGAAGAGAAUAUAGAUGAUCUAAUAAUUGAAGGAUUAAAUAAAUUUAAGAUGGAAAAAGAAUAUUUAUUAGAUUAAGCAGACAAUUAAAAAUUUAGACUUUAUAAAUAAGUUGAAGAGUAAUUUGUUGAUGAAUUAAUUGAUGAAUGA